ACCCAGAAGCCCAAAAGGGGACCCCACCCAGCCUUUAUAAAACUCUAGGGGGAGCAGGAGGGCAGCAUGUGGGCACACAGGUGGGCCACAGGGGAACAUGGUGGUGCCUGCUGAUCCCCCAGUGACUGUGUAGGCUGAAAGCAGACCACCAAGACCCUGCAGCAAUCUGAGAAGUCCCUGUUCUGAGUGGGAACAGGUGAAGCCUUAGGUUCCCCAAACCUGCCUCAAGCUCCAGCCCCUGUAAAGCCACUCCCAGGAGCACUCCUAUCCCUACUCGGCUACCAGCCUGCCCCAGCCAGCUCUGCAAAGGAAUGGGUAGAGGACUGGCCACCCAGACCCUGAAGGUGGCUUUGGGUGUACUCUCCUCAGUAGUGGUACUGGCCACCCGGCACGAGGGGGUUAAUGAAGCCAGGGCCAGCUGGGCUGGGCCUGCGGCCACAGGCACUGACUACCCUGCAGUGGGGACGUCCUGAGGGCAGAAGCAGCCGGCACAGCAGACGUGUUCACCCACCGCAGCCUGCAGCCCACUUUGCACGCGCAAUGGCCCUGAAGAAAGGAGGGCUGGCCCUGGUGGUGCUGCUAGUAUACUGGGCAGCACUGGGCCACCAGUGCCCCACAGUCUGCACCUGCAGCUAUGACGACUACUCGGAUGAGCUCAACGUCUUCUGCAGUGCAAGGAACCUUACACAGCUGCCCAAUGGGAUUCCUGACAGCACCAGGGCCCUGUGGCUCGAUGGCAACAACCUGUCCUUUAUCCCCCCGGCGGCCUUCCAGAACCUCUCUAGCCUGGACUUCCUCAACCUGCAGGGCAGCCAGUUGGGCAGCCUGGAGCCACAGGCGCUGCUGGGGCUGCAGAGCCUGUACCACCUGCACCUGGAGCGGAACCAACUUCGCAGCCUGGCGGCCCGCACGUUUACAUACACUCCCGGCCUGGCCUCUCUCAGCCUCAACAACAACCUCCUCAGCCGAGUGGAGGAGGGCCUCUUCGAGGGGCUCACCAACCUCUGGGACCUCAACCUCGGCUGGAACAGCCUGGCAGUGCUUCCGGACACUGUGUUCCGGGGCUUGGGCAGCCUCCGAGAGCUGGUACUGGCCGGCAACAGGUUGGCCUACCUGCAGCCAGCACUCUUCUGUGGCCUCAGUGAGCUGCGUGAGCUGGACCUGAGCAGGAACGUGCUUCGAAGUGUCAAGGCCAAUGUCUUCGUGCAGCUGCCCAGGCUGCAGAAGCUCUACCUGGCCCGCAACCUCAUCACAGCUGUGGCCCCAGGAGCUUUCCUGGGCAUGAAGGCGCUACGCUGGCUGGACUUGUCUCACAACCGUGUGGCUGGCCUCCUGGAGGACACAUUCCCGGGCCUGCUGGGUCUGCAUGUCCUGCGCCUCUCCAACAAUGCCAUCGCCAGCCUGCGGCCCCGUACCUUCAAGGACCUGCACUUCCUGGAGGAGCUGCAGCUCGGCCACAAUCGCAUCCGGCAUCUGCCUGAGAAGGUGUUUGAGGGGCUGGGCCAGCUGGAGGUGCUGACACUCAACAACAACCAGAUCCAAGAGAUCAAGGCGGGCGCCUUCCUUGGCCUCUUCAAUGUGGCGGUCAUGAACCUCUCUGGCAACUGUCUUCAGAACCUUCCAGAACAGGUGUUCCAGGGCCUGGGCAAGCUGCAUAGCCUGCACCUGGAGCACAGUUGCCUGGGCCGCGUCCGCCCACACACCUUCACUGGUCUCUCAGGGUUGCGUAGGCUCUUCCUCGGAAACAACCGCAUCUCCGAUAUAGAGGAACAGAGCCUGUGGGACCUGCACGAGCUCCUGGAAUUGGACCUCACUUCCAACCAGCUCACACAUCUCCCCCGCCGGCUCUUCCAGGGUCUCAGCAAGCUGGAGUUCCUGCUCCUCUCUCGCAACAGACUGGCAGAGCUGCCCCCGGAGGCCCUGGGCCCUUUGCAGCGGGCCUUGUGGUUGGACUUCUCACACAACCACCUAGAGGAGCUGGCCAUUGGCCUCUUCUCAACACUGGGGAGGCUGCGCUACCUCAGCCUCAGGAACAACUCCCUGCAGACUUUUGUGCCGCAUCCUCCCGGCCUGGAGCGCCUGUGGCUUGAGGGAAACCCCUGGGACUGUAGCUGCCCCCUCAAGAUGCUGCGUGAUUUUGCCCUGCAGAACCCCAGCGCUGUGCCCCGCUUCAUCCAGGUGGUUCCUGAGGGGGACGACUGCCAGCCCACUGUGUACACCUACAAUAACAUCACCUGUGCCAGUCCCCCUAGUGUUGUGGGACUUGACCUGCGGGAUGUCAGUGAAGCCCAUUUUGCUCACUGCUGACCUGGGCUCCCUACCUGCCUCACUUUGGCCAGACACUGCCCUGUGCUCAGGACAGGUCCUUACUAUCAUCCUCAGAAUGAGGAGUUGACCUCCAGGGACUUGAUAGGCACACAGGCCCACACUGUCCACUUCCUGAAGGAUGGUCCAGGGGCUGUGCCAGCAUGGGUUGAGGACUUGAGGGCCUGAUGGGGUGGGGACAGGGAUGGAGGGGGUAGGUAGACACACAGCCUCCCUGCUGUCAUCAAUUAAAGGAAGGUAAUCUAACAAA